GGUAGAGAGGUGGGGUCAGUGGGGGAAGGAGGACGGAAGACAGGUCUCCCGACACAGCUCCCGUAGCCACAUUUCAGCUUUGUCUGUCUGUCCAGAACCUGCUCCCACCUCAGGCCCAGGCUACACUCCCUCUGGCUGGAAUAUGGAUUGAGGGACACAAAGAACAGCUGUGGACUUAGAUCUAUUUUGGUUCUCCUACAUCAUAAAAUUCCAGUGAAAGGUAAGCUGCGCAAUGGGUUCUGAGCUGGAGACGGCGAUGGAAACUCUCAUCAAUGUGUUCCAUGCCCACUCGGGCAAGGAGGGGGACAAGUACAAGCUGAGCAAGAAGGAGCUGAAAGAGCUGCUGCAGACCGAGCUCUCCGGCUUCCUGGACGCCCAGAAGGAUGCGGAUGCUGUGGACAAGGUGAUGAAGGAGCUCGACGAGAAUGGAGAUGGGGAGGUGGACUUCCAGGAGUAUGUGGUGCUGGUGGCUGCCCUCACAGUGGCCUGUAACAACUUCUUCUGGGAGAACAGUUGAGCAGACAGCCCCAGUGGGCAGCGCCCUUCCCCUCUGCACUGCCAUACCUGCCUCUACACCCUGCUUUCCUUUCACCCCCCUUUUCCCUCCCCACAGCCCCACCUUUGCCCACCCUCCAACAAGGGCGCAAGAGUAGUGGGCCAGGCCUGCAACUCAUCUUUCAUUAAAGGCUCUUCUCUCGCCA